UUACCUAACUUUCUUUCUCAGCUGCUUCAGAUUUAUUUGUUACUUUCUUCUUUUCUUUUCCCCUCAUAUUCCCCGCUAGUUUUCUCUAUGGUACCAAAACAGAAGUAGUUUGAAGCUUUGUGAUGACGGCAAACGGUGAGGGUGUUAUUGGGGAUCGCGAAAAGGUUACACGACGCUCUCAAACCAACAAGCAAGCAUCGGCACUUCCUCAGACUCGACAAGAGACCAUGGGUAACCCAGAGGGUGGGAUCCGCGGCCUUGUACGCAUCAAGUCGGCAGGAGAAUCAGGACGAAGAGGCGUACAUCCUCUCCAAUUCUUGGCCAUCAUUUGGCGAUCUACUAGUUGGAUAUCGAGGGCUGUGAACAUCCUCUGGCCUUUUGUACCCGCUGCAAUUGCUCUCCAUUUCGCGGUUCAUGAGGGCUAUGAUAUACUCAAGUUCAGUUUGGCGUACAUCGCCAUGGUUCCAUGCGCAAAUCUCAUCGGAUUCGCUGGCCAGGAGCUAGCUAGGAAGAUGCCGCAUAUGCUUGGUGUUCUCGUCGAGACCACCAUUGGAUCCAUCGUCGAGAUUAUCUUAUUCAUGGUUCUGCUUCGUAAAAACCAGUACUACGUUAUUCAAGCUGCCAUUCUCGGAUCUAUUUUAGCUAAUAUGCUACUGUGCUUGGGAUUGUGUUUCUUUACUGCUGGUUUACGACGAGAAGAGGCCACAUUCCACGGUGCUGUCAGCGAAGUUGGCUCGAACCUCCUACUUAUUGCCGGUCUUGGCCUAGCGAUCCCUACAGUUUUCCAACGCUCGAUCACGAGUACGGGCUACAACCUUACCACAGAAGAGAUUGAUGCUAGGAUACUCAGUAUCUCACACAUCAUUGCAAUCCUUCUCCUUAUCGCAUAUGCCGUCUUCCUCUUCUUCCAGAUGCAUACCCACCACGGUAUUUACGACGCUGUAUUCGAGCAUGACGAGGAACGAGAUGCCGAUGGUCACAAGGACCGGGCGAAAGCCAAGUUAACAUUUACGGAGUGUGUCUUGGCACUAGCCAUUUCGGUAGCCCUUGUGACGUUAAUUGCCAUUGCAUUAGUCGAUCAGAUUACGCCCAUUGUGGAACAGGGUCACGUUUCCGAUCCCUUCAUGGGCUUGAUUUUGGUUCCUCUGGUCGAAAAAGCUGCCGAACAUUUAACGGCCAUCGACGAGGCCUGGGAUAAUCAGAUCAACUUUGCCCUUACACAUUGUAUUGGCGCUACCAUCCAAACCGCCAUGCUAAAUGCCCCAUUGGUUAUUAUUGUCGGAUGGGGUUAUGGCUACCCGAUGGACCUCAACUUUGAAAUAUUCGAUAUUGUCAUGUUGAUCCUCGCUAUUAUCACUGUUGGAAACUUCCUAAGGGACCAGAAGAGCGACUAUCUAGAGGGCUUCUUAUGUAUUAUUGUCUAUGUCGCCAUCGCCGUGGCCGCCUUUUACUUCCCGAACCCCCACGAGAUCGCGGGCCACGGAGAGAGUAGUGAAGGGGGAAGCGAAGCAGCCGGUGAGGUAGCUGGUGAGGCCGCCGCUCACGUAGCAAGGUACCUAGGACUCUCAUAGUCGGGUUCAUAGGAUGUUGUAGUAUGCAUUUACCAAGAUUGGCGUUGGAUUACAUCGGUUAAAACUAUCGCAUCUCCAUGGUUAAACCCGUGGAUUCAGGAGUUCCCUCGUUACUAUGGAGUCAAGUGCUUUCCAGGUUCGACGAUCGAUACGAAUUCUUUUUAGCCUUAUGAGGUAGCUAUUCAUUAUCUUUAUCCUAAAAUUUGGUUGGAGAAUUUUGAAUAUGUACUAGUGAGGGCCUGGGUUAGAGGAAUUCCCGUAUCUGAACGAGAGAUUGUGUUGUGAGUGUACAAAGAUUAGGUAGCGGGAUAAUAAAAUAGGAAUCGAAGAAAGUCGUUAUCAGUAAAACAUUGGUCAUAAGAGGUAUGCACGAACGAUUAAGAAUAUUUACCGAUCUCGACUGUUCUAUCAAAUGGA